UCUCUCAUUCAGCUCCUCCCUUCUCUCUCUCUGUCUUUCUAUAGAUCACCUCUCUCUUAAGUGAUGUGAUUUUCCACCAUAUCUGCAAAGUCUUACCUUAGAAGAAAGCUUUUAUAGCUAAAUUCAGAUAUGGUUUUCUCCUCUCUUCCAGUGAAUCAGUUCGAUUCACACAACUGGCAGCAGCAAGGAAACACACAACAGCUAGACCGUGUCACAUCUGACCAGAACCCUUUAUCACAUUUCUCAUCACCGCCGGGUUCUCGGGCUGGUUCGAGCCAAACCAGGGAGAAUUCAAUGGUAGAACGUGCUCGGAUCGCGAAAAUCCCAUUGCCUGAAGCAGCUCUAAAGUGCCCUAGGUGUGAAUCCACCAAUACUAAGUUCUGUUACUUCAAUAACUACAACCUUACUCAGCCUCGCCAUUUCUGCAAGACAUGUCGCCGUUAUUGGACACGUGGCGGUGCACUGAGGAAUGUUCCUGUUGGAGGCGGCUUUAGGAGGAACAAGAGAAGCAAACCCAAAUCUACGGUCGUGGUUUCGGCUGAUAACAAUAAUACUAGUUCAUCGCUUUCUUGUCACACAAGAUACUCAAGCCCUAGCAAGUUUCUUAGCUAUGGGCAACUGCCAGGGUUUGAUUCCAACUUUCCCAUAUUGCCUCCUUUCCAAAGCCUUGGAGAUUACAAUAUGAGCGGGAUGAGUUCUAGUGGUGGGAUCUUGGAUCCAUGGAGAAUAUCUUCAAUGCAACAAGUUCAGCAAUCCCCUUUCCUGAUCAACACGAAAGGGUUGGAGGAAUCUUCAAAUGUGAUGUAUCCAUCACUAGAAGGCAAUGAAGGUGUUAGCCAUGCUAUUCCUCGGCAAGAGAGUAGUGAUCAUUCCAAUCAGCUAAGGUAUAAACCCUUGACGGAUAUGGCUUCAAGGGUAGAUCAGACCGCACAAGCUAGAUAUGUGAAGGCCGAAGAGAAUGAUCGGGGUGGGAACGGAGUGAAUAACUUAUCUAGAAACUUUUUGGGGAAUAUUAACAUAAAACCAGUGGAGGAGAAUGAUGGAUACACAUGUUGGGGAAGUAGUAGCAACAUUAGUAGUUCAUGGACUGGUUUCACCUCCAACAACUCAACAGGCCAUCUCUCAUUCUAAGUAUGCAGCACUCUUGAUGAUUAUUUUGUUGGUUGGGUUAUACAUGGAUCGCUUGUCAUGAGAGCUAUAUAUUACUGAGGAGAAAUCAGACCAUGGAAGAUAUUUAGAAGAGAGGAGAGGUAUGGCUAUAGUAUUAUGUUUUCGGUCUUUUAGAAGAUAUUUAAAGUGUGAGUAUGUUUAUCAAAAUUGGUGUUAUUGGCUAUAUAAAUAGAAGUGUGGGUUCUGUACGAAUUAAGGAGUUGUAGUGGAAACUUUUUUAUGUGUGUGAUUGAAUAAUCCGUUGAAUUCUCAAUUUCUUAUAAACCC